UGACAAAGGACUUGCGUUACGUCACGCACUGAUUGUGCCAGUUGUCAUUUUCCCCAAACCGGGGCUCCCUGGCCGUGUUUCUGUGUCGGGGUAAGUUCAUUCCUGAAGCGCUGCGGAUAAGACGCUUCGUUUUGCAUUUUGGAACGCGAAAUCAAACGUGUUCUUCCUGCCCACUUGUACGAGAGGAGCGGAAGCCUCUUGCUAAGCCGCUGUACGGCAGCCCCCCUCGUUAAUCCCUGGCAGCCCAGGAGUUUUCAUAACAACGUGCCAAUCUGAGCAAAAGCUUCACCAAACCGAGCAGAAGCACGCAGUGGUGCGGCAGUGACCCCGUACGCUCGCGCAGGAAGGAUUGGGACCGAGGAUUUUAUGCUUUGGCUUGUACCUGGCCUUCUGAACUUGGGAAACACCUGUUUCAUGAACUCUUUGCUGCAAGGCUUAUCCUCCUGUCCGUCGUUCAUCAAAUGGCUGGAGGAAUUUACAGCACAAUACAAGACGGACCAGAAUGAGUCCGCCGAGCAUCACUGCUUGUCGCUUACUUUGCUGCAUCUCCUAAGAGCCUUAUCCUGUCAAGAGGGAACAGAAGACGAUGUUCUGGAUGCGAGCUGCCUGUUAGAAGUUUUACGGAUGUACAGGUGGCAGAUCUCCUCAUUUGAAGAGCAGGAUGCUCACGAACUGUUUCAUGUCCUUACCUCUUCGUUAGAAGAUGAACGGGAUCGUCAGCCACGUGUGACGCAUUUGUUCGAUGUGCAUUCGCUGGAGCAGCCAGAAAUAACCCAAAAGCAAAUAAGCUGCAGAACAAGAGGGUGUCUUCCCCCUGUGUCAAAUCACUGGAAAUCUCAGCAUCCUUUUCACGGAAGGCUGACCAGCAACAUGGUUUGCAAACACUGUGAACACCAGAGCCCUGUGAGGUAUGAUACCUUUGACAGUCUCUCACUGAGUAUCCCAGCAGUUGUGUGGGGUCGUCCCAUGACGCUGGACCACUGCCUCCAUCAUUUCAUCUCCUCUGAAUCUGUAAAGGAUGUUGUGUGUGACAACUGCACUAAAAUUCAGGCAGAAGGGACUCUGAAUGGACAGAGCAUAGAAAACCAGAGAACAACAUUCGUUAAGCAAUUAAAGUUAGGAAAGGCACUGAGGCCUCAAUUCAGCAAAACAUCAAACUAUACCUUAAAGAAUCUCCCUCAGUGUUUGUGCAUCCAUCUGCAAAGACUGAGCUGGUCAAACCAAGGCACUCCUCUGAAACGUCACGAACACGUGCAGUUCAAUGAGUUCCUGAUCAUGGACAUCUACAAAUACCGCAUUCCUGUUCAUAAAUCAAGCCAGAAUGAACUGAAUCAGAAAAACUCUGAAGAGAUAACACCUGGAACAAAGGAUGGGAUAGCAGUAAAACCUUCAGAUGCAGAACAGCCGUCUGGGACUAAGCCGCUCUUUAUGAACGGUGCCUGCUCCUCUUCAUUUUUAAUGUCCUCGGGAACUUUUUCACUUGCUGCAUUCCCUGAAUGCAGUUCCCCUGUAUACCUUUACCGUCUGAUGGCAGUCGUAGUUCAUCACGGAGACAUGCAUUCUGGACACUUUGUGACUUACCGCCGCUCUCCACCUUCUCCUAAGACCCCGCUCUCCGUCAGCAGUCAGUGGCUGUGGAUUUCAGAUGACACCGUUCGCAAAGCCAGCCUGCAGGAAGUCCUUUCUUCCAGCGCUUACUUGCUUUUCUAUGAGCGUGUUCACUCGAGGGUACAGCACCAAAGCUUGGAGUUGAGGGCUGAACAGUGAUUAAGAGAGCAGAUGAAGGACAAAAACUGACAAAAUUCCUCUUAACGAGAUCUACGUUGCACCUCCUGUCCGUUAUGCAAAUAACCCACCGCAGGCCCUUUAACUUCCCCCUCCCUCUAUGGCAAUGGCUGGCUCCUGCUGGGAGUUGUGUUUUGUACCAAAAUUACGCUACCCAAAGCUGGUCUGCUAACGUUGCGCAGUCCGAAGCAUAGCUGCAUUAGAGAAGCAUUUAUUCUGUUAGGUAGUAAUUUUGCCAACGUCGCAGCUCUGAAACAGACAUUUCAAACAGACUUCUCCAGGCUGUAUUCCACAGCCUGACACGUAGGUAAAUUUUCCAGGGGAGAUGCUUAAUUCUAUACAUUUCACUACCAACGUUUCCAAGCAGGGGAGCCCCAGAAGCGGUUGAUGGGAAGCUACUGUUAUCAAAGGCAAUGAUUUAAGAAACAAAGUGCCUUGAGCUUAUUUGAAUAGUAACACUACCAUUGUCUGAGUCCACUGGAUGUUCGCUGCGUUCUGAUAAAAUGUCUCAAGAUGACGGGCUGAACUACUAACAGAGUCAGAUUUCUCUUGAUAUCCCAGCUAAUCAACAAAGCGAGGCAUCUCUACAUAACACGCACGAUCCAAAAAACGACUUCCCAGUUCCCAUCAUUUUCCUAAUAUUUUAGUUCUUUAUACAUCAUAGAAGUACUUCUGCUGUUUCAAAGUGCAGUUUCCUUUUUCCAGGAGAAAAGAUCAUUUUUUUAAUCUACUAAGAGCCAACACCCUGAUUUAUUGCUCCUUAUCUUUGGAAUAUUGCUGAAAUCAAGGGACAGAAGUGUUUGCUAGCAAUCAGUAUUGCUAAUUUCCUCCGCUGCUAUGAAACUGUUGAAUACGGUUGCUUGUCGUAUCGACUGCAACUUCUAAUGCUGUGAUUUCAAGGCUGCUGUAAUUGGUGUUCUAGACUUGCCCUUCCUAUUUUACUGCUGAAAACUGCCAUUUCUCAUCAACCAUCCAGAUACACCCGGUCUGGCUUGCACUUGAGCUUUAGAGCUUGUACCGGUUGCGAUUGCGAGCCGAGAUGUAAAGCAACCCAAGCGUCCUCGUUACGUUAAGAGUAUACACGAUUGAAUCAGGGCUGGUGGGCACUUACGUGUCUUGCGAAGUAGCACAGCAGCCUGAAAAGACCGGCGUCGCUGCAUUAGAUACAGAUUGCCACAUAAAUAGAAGUAAGGUGUGCUUUGCUGCUCUAGAUUGUUGGACGUGUAAAAAAAAAAAAAAAUAAAUAAAUCCCAAACAAAGCGAGGG